AUGGCGGGGAUCGAUUUAAACAUACCUCUUGUGUAUAGAUUGAAAGAGGAAGAUUUGGAAAAGAAUGACAUAACACUAGCAGAGGAGUAUGGUUACAAAAAAUCUCAGGAAAAGAAAAGAAGAUCAGACGAUCUUUUGUGUUUACCAGAAACUCAAAAAGAGGAAAUAUCAACAAAAGAAAACCUUUAUGACAGUAAUGUUCAAGAAUUAGCUGAUGUUAGUAAUAAUAAAGAAAGCAGUAAAAUCGUUGGAGCUGAAGAGGUAGAUGCCAUUUCUCCAAGGAGGAAGAAUGUUUUUGGCACAGUGCUGCCGAAGAAAGAAAAGUUUAAUAUCAAUGCAGCAAAGCCAGUAGUAGAAACCCACAGCAGGUUUUUUACCAAAUCAACCGCCCCAAAGCUGAAGAAUAAAAGGGAAUCUGUCUUUGAUCAUUUUGAGUUGCAGCAAGGCAUUGAUAAGGAUACCACUACAUCUACAAAUUCAAAUCCAAAAGCAGAUAUCAUUAACACUGCGUCUUAUGUUAAAGACUGUAAAAACAGUGUCCAGGAAAAACUAAAUAUAAAUCAGGAGAUUAAAACAACUCUACAAACAAACACCAUAGUGGAAAUGGAAAGCAAUGCAGAUUCUCAGGAAGCUAAAGUGAGGAAAUCUAGUUUCAUGUGGAAUAAAUUCAGCAGUAGUUUUAGUUCAAGACCAAAGGAAAAUGAUGUCAAGCAUGUCCCAUUAUCCUCAAGUCAAGCAUCUCUGAGUCAGUUCAAAGCUGUCAAAAUGUCUGAAAAAUCUAUAAAUGAUGCACAGGUGGUCAAUAGUGAGGAGAUCAUUUUAGGUGAAAAAAGUGACUCCAGCGAGAUCGAUUCAUUAUCUCAAACUUCUGAAAAGAUCGGACCUCUUAGUCUAUUUUAUAGCUUGGACACUAUCACAGACAGUCAAGGUCAACCUGGUUUAUCACAGUCACAAUUGCUGUCCAGUCAGACAAGUAAUACUGCCUCAGAUUGGUCAGAGAAGUCAGGUUUUGGGGAAAGGGACCUAUCACAGGAAGCAAAAGAUCCUACAGUAACUGAAGUUUUAGGCUUGAUUCAGGAUGAGGAUGAUAUCAGUGCCAGUCUUGCUGCAAACUCACAGUCCAGUGUGAGUUCUGAAUCAAAGUUAAAAAGCCAGAGCUGUCGCUCAGUAGGCCUCUGUAGUUCUGUCUCCUCUACCCCCAAGUCUGGCUCAGGUGAGAUAUCAGAAGAAUAUUAAUAGCAUAACAUCAUGUAUCACUGUACUCACUGUUUCCACAUUGCAUUUUAUCCAAUGCAUUAUUUUGACAGAAAGUUCUGUUCUUACAGAUGCAGAGAUGAGCUUAUUCUGCGGAAACGUGGAAUUCAGUAUUUUUAAUUCAAUUCUGAUGGUUCCUGAGAUUUGUCAAG